AUGCACCCCCUCACCACCAUCCUCAUCCUCUCCACCGCCCUCACCCUCACCACCUCCACCACCCCACCCCCCAACACCACCGCCGCCUCCCCCUCCCCCCCCCCCUCCGCCUCCUCCCUCGCCGCCCUCUCCCUCCCCGGCGGCACCGCCAACCCGGCCCUCACCCUCGCCACCUACGCCGACCCCGACUGCACCACCGUCAACGCCUCCGACACCACCCUCCUCAACGUCCUCCCCCUCAGCUACGACCGGCCCAGCCCCCAGCUCCCCUUCUGGGCCUUCGUCAUGACCCGCAACCUCACGGGCGCGGAACGCUUGACGUUUUACUCCUCGACGAAUCUGAGCAGAGAUGCGUGCGGGGUGCCGGUCGGGAAUCUGACGGCGAAGGAUGGGGGGGCGGGGUUUUGUCUGCCGGUUGGGGGGGCGACGUGCUAUAAUCUUACGCGGUCGUAG